GAAGACUCAUUUGGUGGUGAAAAAGUGAGCUCAGCCAGAAGAAGGAAGAGGUGGGGUCUGGUUGCAGCAUCGGCCUCUUUCACUUCCCCUUCGAUGUUGCUGGCUUCCCAUCACCUUCCUUCACCAUUACAUGCUUCUCUGCUCCAAUGACGGACGGCAACAUGGUUUCCUCAGACUUCAACGCCAACGAGAAAAUGGAGCUUGAGUGCAUCAAGAUGUACAAGAAAGACCUCCUGGACGACAUACAGAAACUAAAAUUGGAGAUAGAAAAUAUUAUGAGUGAAAUACUCAGCUUUGAGACUGCAGAGGACAGCAGCAAGACUUUGGAGAAAAGUAAACAGUUCUCAAAUGGAAAGAAAAAGUUCAACAUGGAUCCCAAAAAGGGGAUUCAGUUUCUUGUGGAGAGGAAGAUGCUGGACGGAAGCGCCAAGUCCAUCGCUGAGUUCCUGUACAAAGAAGACGGACUCAACAAGACAGCCAUCGGAGAGUUCCUUGGAGAAAGACACGAAAUCCACCUCCAGACUCUGAAGGCGUUUGUGGAGCUUCACGAGUUUUCUGACCUGAACUUGGUCCAGGCACUGAGACAGUUCCUGUGGAGCUUCCGUCUCCCUGGUGAAGCUCAGAAGAUCGACCGCAUGAUGGAGGCCUUCGCUGCACGCUACUGUAGCUGCAACAGCGAGGUCUUCCAGUCGACGGACACGUGCUACAUCCUGUCCUUUGCUAUCAUCAUGCUGAACACCAGCCUGCACAAUCCCAACGUGAAAGACAAGACCACACUGGAGCGUUUCAUCUCCAUGAACAGAGGAAUCAACAACGGGGGCAACCUGCCUGACGACUUGCUCUCGAAACUGUACGACAGCAUCCGGAGCGAGCCGUUCAAAAUCCCAGAGGACGACGGGAACGAUCUCACGCACACCUUCUUCAACCCCGACAGAGAGGGCUGGCUGCUCAAGCUCGGUGGUCGAGUGAAGACGUGGAAGAGGCGAUGGUUCAUACUGACCGACAACUGCCUCUAUUACUUUGAGUACACGACGGACAAAGAGCCCAGAGGCAUCAUCCCACUCGAGAACCUUUGCGUGAGAGAGGUCUCUUAUCCCCGGAAAUCUUUUUGUCUGGAGCUCUACAACCCCAACAGUCGAGGGCAGAAGAUUAAAGCCUGUAAAACGGAAACUGACGGACGAGUCGUGGAGGGGAAGCAUCAGUCGUACACGAUAUGCGCCACCAACGCCGAGGAGAGAGACGCCUGGAUCGAAGCCAUCAGAGCCAGCAUCACCAAGGACCCCUUCUACGACUUGGUGUCGACGCGAAAGAAGAAGCUCAUAAACCAGGCCACACAGGAUUGAAAUGUGAGCCUCACAUGGACUUCCUGUUUAACUUCUCAUUUUGACAGACUGAAAUAAUCGUUCAAAGAGUGACUCACUGUCAAAACCUCAACGUGCUCAGAUGGAAUGGUGCAACCGGAAUAUGGGGGAUGUAUGACGUACAUCCUUCUGAGUAGUUGCUUCAUGCAAGUUGCAUUGAAGGAGUCAGCCAUGCUGCGCACCUCACCUGCCUGGGGUGAAGAAAGUCGGCACAAAACUGGCAUUUCGGCACACACUUCUGCAGAUUUGUUGCCAUCCAGUGUUGGCAGUCUGUUCUUUAAAUCCGUGGUGCAAACUUUUUUUUUUUUGCCAGGGGAUGUCAGACUCUGUAACCAUGUCAUUUAAAGUGAAAUAUAGCAGUGCAAUAUCUAUCUUAAAUGUGUAAAUAAUGUAUAUUUGCAAUGUGGCUUCCUAAUAAAAAUGUGUGUAAGAACCCUGUUUACACAAAACUAGAGCAGGAGGGUUGAGCAGUUCCUCAUUCUGGUGCCAUGUGAAAGCGUGUCAGCAUCUGUAUGUGUGUGUGUGAGUGUGUGACAUCCUGUAGCGGGACGGUUUCUAGGUGAAAACUUGGGUGGUUCCUAUGCUUGAACUACUACUUUGUGUUUGUGUACAACAAAACUUG